GAAAAGACAACAGAGUCUCUUUUGUAAUGAGGAAGGAUUAUGGCAUCAAGUGACCGGCUGCAGCUCCCAAGUGGGUUUCAGGCUCCUUAGCACACCGUGGUCUGGCAGGUUCAAUCCCUUCCAUGAGCCAAGGGGGCACGAGGAGGAGGCGGGCCGUGGCGCGGGCCACAAAGGACCCAGCAAGGACACGUGUGGGGCCAAACCUCCCCAGCCUCUGGUGCAGCUCAGGAGCCCAUGACUGAUCUGUGAUGACAGUGACAUACACCAACCGUGUGGCUGAUGCCCGCCUGGGCACCUUCUCCCAGCUCCUGCUCCAAUGGAAAGGAAGCAUCUACAAACUCCUCUACUCAGAGUUCCUGAUUUUCAUCUCUCUCUACUUCACCAUCAGUCUUGUCUACAGGCUGAUCCUGAGCGAGAGCCAAAGGCUGAUGUUUGAGAAGCUGGCACUCUACUGCAACAGCUAUGCUGAGCUCAUCCCUGUGUCCUUUGUGCUGGGUUUCUACGUGGCUCUGGUGGUAUCUCGUUGGUGGGCUCAGUACGAGAGCAUCCCCUGGCCUGACCGCAUCAUGAACUUGGUGUCGUGCAACGUGGCCGGGGAGGACGAGUACGGGCGGCUGCUGCGGCGCACGCUGAUGCGCUACAGCAACCUGAGCAGCGUGCUCAUCCUGCGCUCCGUCAGCACCGCCGUCUACAAGCGCUUCCCCAGCAUGGAGCACGUCGUCAGGGCAGGCCUCAUGACACCAGAAGAGCACAAGAAGUUUGAGAGCUUGCAUUCCCCCCACAACAAGUUUUGGAUCCCGUGUGUGUGGUUCUCUAACCUGGCUGUGAAGGCAAGGAACGAGGGGAGGAUCCGGGACAGCGUGCUGCUCCAAGGCAUCCUGAAUGAGCUCAACACCCUGCGCAGCCAGUGCGGGCGGCUCUACGGGUACGACUGGAUCAGCAUCCCCCUGGUCUACACACAGGUGGUGACCGUGGCUGUUUACAGCUUCUUCCUGGCCUGUCUGAUUGGGAGGCAGUUCCUGGAUCCAGAAAAAGCAUAUCCUGGCCAUGAGCUAGAUCUCUUUGUGCCUGUCUUCACCUUUUUGCAGUUCUUCUUCUAUGCUGGCUGGUUAAAGGUGGCAGAGCAGCUCAUCAACCCUUUUGGGGAGGACGAUGAUGACUUUGAAACCAACUGGCUCAUCGACAGGAACCUGCAGGUCUCCCUUAUGGCUGUGGAUGAGAUGCAUCAGGAUUUACCCAUUCUGGAGAAAGACCUGUACUGGAAUGAGCCUGAUCCCCAGCCCCCCUACACCGCAGCCACUGCUGAGUACAAACGCCCAUCGUUCCUUGGCUCAACCUUUGACAUCAGCAUGCAAAAAGAAGAGAUGGAGUUCCAGCCCUUGGAGCAAAUCAAAGAGAACGAAGAGGCCAACCACUCCACACCGUUACUGGGCCACCUGGGUCGUCUCCUUGGUGUCCAGUCCCCAACCUUCUCCAGGUCCUCUUCCCGGAUGAACCUGCUGCGGCGGCGAGGAGACCCCACGUCCCCCUUCUGCCACUACCCCUACGACACGGCCAAGUCUGGCAGCCCCUGCGGCAUCAGUCCGCCCAGGGGAGACUCCAGCUCCCAGGAGCAGUGGGACAGCGAAGAUAGAAAGCUAAGGGAGUUUGAUGCCUUCAUGUCAACCCCCUUUUACGAGAGACCUGGUUUCUACAGCGCUCCACAGACACCCAUCAGCUCCAUCCCCAUGAUCUUCCCUUCCAGACGCCAAGGCCGUAAGAAGCCCCCCGCGCUCUCCAGCAUCGCUGCCUGCUCUGCUUCUCUUAGGGAUGUCAUUGUCAACUCCUCCCCUUCCAGAGCCAGUGAUGUGUACAAGAGCCAGAGCUCCCUCGGCUCAGCUGCAAAGGAAACAUUUAUUUGGCCAACUGAUAGAAGCAAAGGCCCUGACUCGGUGGUUGCAACAGUAGAAGAAAAGGGCGUCUCGAGCAGUAAAAGCAGAGAAGUUGCCGCCACAGGAAGCCCAGGAGCUCAGUCCACAGCAUCUGAUAGCCCUAAAUUCCCCUUCUUAGAGUCCCCAGACCAUGAGAAGCAGGGUAGCUUCAAGAGUCUAAAGAGCAUGAAAGCUUCCCACCCACCCUGGCUAAGCCUGGAGAAUGCAGCAUCAGCCACUCCCAACUCUGAGCCUUCAAGCACCUUCCACACCCCAAGUACCAAAACCCCCGGGGGCACCGCCUCCCUCUGCUUCUCCUUCACCCCUGCAACAUCCCCAGUGCUGGAGAGAUCCCACAUAGGGAACACAGGCUCUGAUGCUCAGAGCCUAAGCGGAGAAGAUGCAGCCAGUGCUCCAGACCAGCAUCCAGCAGAGGUUUCCAGGAACAUGAGAGACAGUGGAAAUGGAAGCACCAACACUCCCCAUACAAAAGAGGCAAGGAGAGCAGAGAGUCCAUCCCCCAAUGACUCUGGCAUCUCUCUAGCAGAAGGGGACUACGUGGGGCUGAUGGAGGUGAUCAUGGAGAGCAAUGAAAGCACAGGUGAGGAGCAGAUAGACCAGUACAGCUAGAGGAGACUGAGAGGCACCAGCAGUUGUGUUGGGAUAGCUGCCACACCAGCCAUAUGGUCAUACCGUCACACCUGGCCACAGCAGGACUUGCCCACACUGAAGGGCAGUGCAGCCAAACCACCUACUGCUGGAACACACAGGCAGAGCCUGUGCUACCACACACUGCUGCUGGCCUCAGCUACAGCAGGUGGCACAACUUCAGGGUUGCCACAAUAAAACACACCUCUGUUUGUAGCAAGGGAACAAAUGUGAGUGUUAAAAGAUUGCAGAUGCUCAGCAGGGAGCAGACUGAAGAACCUGGAGUGCAGGAGUAGCCCAAAGCAGAAGAGGAAUAGAGGUAAUGAGACCUUCCCCUUCUUUACCACAGCACCUGCGACUGGAGCUUUGUGCCAACAUCUGUCAUAAGCCCCAGGUCUCAGGCAGGACUUGUAUUUACUGACAAGAUCCUCCAGGGAAAGUAAGGGACUGAAGAGAGUCACAUCACUUGUGACACAGACCCAGAGUGCUUCUUGAAGUCCUGUCUAGUGGGUGUCUUCCAGUACUGGGAUAAGGCAGGGCAAGUGUCCACUAGCUCAGGAGGCUGUAGUCAAGGGUAUUUGGUUCCACAUCACAUCUGCCACUGAUUUGGCAGUGCCCAGACAACUCAUCUGAGUGGCAGCAGACACCACACAGCUGCGAGUUUUCACUGUCUUCCCUAAGAAAAUAAAAGCAAGGCUGAAGCCCAGGA